GUCGUCAUAGUGGGUCCCAUCUUCUCCUUUCUGCCAAUCCAUUUCUUUACCAGUUUUUUUUUUUCCUCUGCCCCUGGUUUUCUUUUCUUCUCCUCAAUGUUGAUUUCGAUUUCUAUCUUUUUAUCUUUCCUAACAACAAAUCCUUUUUCAAAUUAAACUUCAAUUUAUUUUAAAUCAAUUAUUAAACAUUAAAUUUCUUCCUAAUUGUUCAUUAUUCCAGAUCUGGUAUAUUAUGAGCUUCCAUAAUCUGGGUUUUUUACCAGUAAUUUGGCCUCAUUGAAGAUUUGAAGUGUAAAUAUUUCUGGGUUAAUUACAAAUUUGUUCAAAUUGCUCUAAAUUUGAAAUAUUCAGUGAAAAAUUUCAUGGGGUUGUGUCAAAUAUACUGAAAUUGCAUCUGGGUAUGAUUCUGCAUUGUUAUUAUAGGAUAAGCUUUUCUUGGUUCAAUCCAAAUUGAUAAGUUUGGGUUAUAGUUGAGAUUCCUGAGUGAAUCAUCUUAAUAAUAUUGUCAUUAUUAUUAUUUUUGAUAUAAUUUAGGAUAAGAUCUUCUGGGUUCAAUACAAAUCAAUCGCCCAAUUUGUGUAAAAAAUUGGAUUUUUGGGUGAAUUAUUUUUCUGAGAAUUGUUUGAAAUGGUGGCAGUGAAAGUGAAACUGGGAAUGUUACACUAUGUAUUAGACCAUGUAUACGGUGCAUUUGUACACAGAACAAGAAUAAGCCCACUAUUUUUUUCAAGAGGUUGGGGUGGAACCAAGCUUGAUUUGCUAGAAAGGCUAAUUAAGCAGCUUUUUCCAGAAAUUGAAGGCCAGAAUUGGCCGCCUCAAUUGAUUCAACCAAGUUGGAAAACUGUUUGGGAGACGAAAACUGCUUGUUUGAGAGAAGGGGUUUUCAAAACUCCUUGUGAUGAACAGCUUUUGAGCGCAUUGCCCCCUGAAAGUCAUGUUGCUAGGGUUGCUUUUCUAACUCCUAAGUCGUUUGAUCCGGAGAAGAUGGCCUGUGUGGUUCAUCUUGCAGGCACUGGGGACCACACUUUUGAACGGAGGUUGCGUUUAGGUGGACCGUUGCUAAAGGAAAAUAUAGCAACAAUGGUUCUUGAGAGCCCUUUCUAUGGACAGAGGCGUCCCAUGCUUCAAUAUGGCUCAAAACUUCGUUGUGUAAGUGAUUUGUUGCUAUUAGGUAGAGCGACUAUAGAUGAAGCUCGGUCUCUUUUACACUGGUUAGAUGAGGAAGGGUUUGGCAAGCUUGGUGUUUGUGGACUUAGCAUGGGUGGAGUGCAUGCUGCGAUGGUUGGAUCUUUGCACCCUACGCCAAUAGCAACCCUCCCGUUUCUCUCCCCUCAUUCUGCUGUUGUAGCAUUUUGUGAAGGCGUUCUGAAGCAUGCUACUGCAUGGGACGCAUUGAGAGCUGAACUUGAAGUACAGCAGGCUACAUUGACUCAAGAAGAUGUCAGACAGAGGAUGAGAGAGGUGCUGUCUCUCACAGAUGUCACCCGCUUUCCAAUUCCUAAAAAUCCUAAUUCAGUUAUAUUUGUUGCUGCUACUGAUGAUGGGUAUAUACCAAAUCACUCAGUGCUGGAGCUUCAGAAAGCUUGGCCAGGAUCAGAAGUGAGGUGGGUUAGUGGCGGGCACGUAUCAUCUUUCAUUCUUCAUAAUGGUGAGUUUCGCAGGGCGAUUGUUGAUGGACUUGACAGAUUAAAGUGGAAGGGAUCUCCCUUGUGACAAAUACAAUAGCAAUUAUUAUGUUCAAAGUUACAGAUCUGUAAACUGUAAAUUUUAAUCUUUCUGAUUAUUUUUCUCUAUUUGAAUGGAAAUAAUGGAAAAAAAUUAGGGAGAACCCUUCCAUAAAGAAAAAAUUAGGGUAUCCA